AUGAAUCCUAGAUACAAUUAUCCAAAGAGAUCUGUUUCCAGUGUAGAUAGAUAAUAAAUACUUAAAGCUUUAGGAAGUAAUCCUUCAGAUAAACAUAUUGAAUAUAUGGCAUAGGAAUAUGAUCUUAAGACACGUACAAUAAAGUCUUGGAUAAAAUAACAAUAUUAAAAUUAAAGCAAAGCAUCUGAAUCAGAAGAAGAUUAUCAAAGUAAUCGCAAAAAAACUAAGGCAGAUAAAGAUCUUAUAGAUUUUGAAAGAAAUUUUAAUUAAAACUCUGAUGCUUAUCAUUAUGAAAUCACAAGUAUGGAUCUCUUAAAAAGUGAUAAAUUAUUGAUUUAAUAAGAAUCUGCAAAACCUUAAUAAAAAGUAAAUUCAACACCAUAAUAAACAAAUAAGCCCUUGAAUAGUGAAGAUUUUUUUUCAAUGAAAAUUGAUAAACAAAUAUAAUAGUCCUAAAAAUUUUCACUCUAAAAUUUUGAUGCCCUUUUAUUAUUAUUAGAUUAGGAUGAUGAAAUACACCAUUUAGUAUCCUUACUUAGAAAUCAGGAAAGAUAGAUUGAAGAAUUGAAAAAAACUUAAUCAGAAAUUUUAGAGUAUAUGUGUUCACAUUUGACAAAGAAACCAAAAAAGAUUUGA